UGCUCAGUUGUCAAAAUUUGGAUCAGCUGUUAACGCGUUGUCAUACAAUUCACACAUUUUUAGAUUGCUAUAUUAAAAUAAUUUAUAUUGAUUUAAAAAGUUCUAAAAUUAUUUUAUAAUGGCAGCAGAAACAGCAGUGAUUGACCCAGCAGAGCGCUUAAAGUUAGGACCACGAGAGGGUGUGACAUACCCUUUGGUUGUGCAGUAUUGUGGUAACUGCACAAUGCCACUAGAAUACUGUGAGUACUAUCCCGAAUUCGAGAAGUGUCGGGCAUGGCUUGAAAAACAUCUUCCAAGCGAAUUCGAACAAAUGAAAAUUAAAGAUGAAGCGUCCGGCGCUGAUGGUACAGACGAUGACAAAAAACGACAAAAACGAGGAGGUAAAGGAAUGAUGAAAAUUAAGAAAAAGGAAGAUGUGCCCAAAAAGAUCACAGUUUCAAGAGCUCCGCGUGGCAAAAAGAAGUCAGUAACCGUCGUGACUGGAUUAAACACUUUCGACAUUGACCUAAAAGUUGCUGCAAAGUUCUUUGGCACGAAAUUCGCAUGCGGUUCAUCUGUUACUGGUGAGGAUGAAAUUGUUAUUCAAGGCGAUGUGAAAGAUGAUCUUUUCGAUGUAAUACCUGAGAAGUGGCCCGAGAUUGAUGAAGACUACAUUGAUGAUUUGGGCGACCAGAAACGUUAAGUUAUAGUAUUGGCUGCGCUUUAAUGCAUUUCUAACAAAUAAAGCUUACGUGAACUUUGUAUAAAAUAAUAAA